AGCUCCUUUCAGUCAUUUAUACUGCAGUUUGAUGCAUUUUAAUCUGAUUACUUUCCUUCUAAAUCCGAGAAGAGCUGUAGUGAGACUGCAUUUUUAAAGGGAAAGGUGAAUCUUUUGUAGCACAUAGGGAACUUCAAGGAUCAUCCUGGAAUGGAUGCCUAAUGUAACAGGAAACUGAAGUGGGAGGAGGGGGAGAGGGUGUGGUAGGAGAAGGAAGAUUCCUUUGUAAAUAUAGCAAAAGGCCAGAUUUUUCCAAUUUUUUAGUUUUGCAGAGCAACUUGAUUAUCCAGAAUCACCUGAGACACCAAAUUCCUGGAUCCUUCUUAGGAGCUUCUUUCCUCCAGAGCUCAUCUUCCUAAUCCUAACACAGUUUAAUUAAUCUGACUGCUGUUCUUGGUACUCUGAGACUCGUCUACAGAAGGAGGCUCUGUCACAGAUCCUCAGACCCACAGCUGGAUGUUAUAUGAGGGCAGUCUUGCCUAAAUGGAAAUGAAACUCCACACCCUAUCAUAAUUUGUUUGUGCCUUAUGCCUGAACUAUUUCUUUAUGUCACAAGAAUUAAUAAUCUUCAUGGUUCCAAAUGCAUGAAUCAGAGAAACAGCAGGGAGUCAGAGAUUUUUCUCUGUCAGUCUCUAUGAGUCCAUAAAUUGAGAUCUCAGGAGACAGAUGUGCUUAGCACAGGAGUGGCAGAGCUUUGACUGCAAUAAUGGUCUUUCCACUUCUGAUCCAGGGCUUGGACCCUUUGCCCAAAUACCCAGUACUUGCUACUACUGAACUGACCUUCCUUUUUUCUCUUGGAAGGAGCAUUUAAGCAAACUUCUGGGCCCAUGAGAGCAUUGGUAUCUGCUUGCAAGGAAGUUUACUUCUGGAAAAUUAGAGAUUAUAUUUUCAUGUGAUGCAAGUAUUUCCAAGUAUAUGUACUUCUAAAGAAAUUUUAAUUUAGAUGAUAAGCCCAUUUUUGCCCUUUUUUUUUUUUCAAAGCAACUUGAUCCGAUGUUCUACAUUUCAAUUCCAUCAAAUAUUAAAUUGACGUUUAUGGGCUAAACUGGAAACUUAAAAACAAUUUGUUUCCCUACAAGGAUAAGAAAAUAUGUCCAAAUUCCUGUCGGCUGACUUAUAAAGAGACUUUUAGAACACAACCCAAUGCAUGAGGUACUCCUUAAGCCCUGACAACCAUCUUGAAGAUGGAAUCAUGAAUAUGGCAAAUUUUCUACGGGGCUUUGAAGAAAAGGGGAUAAAGAGUGACAGGCCUGAGGACCAGUUGAGCAAAGAGAAAAAGAAAAUUCUGUUCUCCUUCUGUGAAGUGUGCAACAUCCAGCUGAACUCUGCAGCCCAGGCUCAGGUGCAUUCCAAUGGCAAAUCCCACCGCAAACGAGUGAAGCAGCUGAGUGAUGGGCAGCCCCCACCGCCAACGCAGACCAGCCCCAGCAGCCACAGCAGCACAGGUAGUACAUGCCACACUACUACCCUUCCUGCUCUUGUGCGCACACCUACCCUGAUGAUGCAGCCUUCACUGGAUAUCAAACCAUUUAUGUCUUUUCCAGUGGACAGUAGUUCUGCUGUUGGGCUCUUUCCAAAUUUUAACACAAAAAGAAGAGGCUUAUUUGGGACCAAUAAAUUUUGCCAGAUGGAUCCUGUGCAAAAGGCAGUUAUUAACCAUACAUUUGGAGUAUCCAUUCCCCCAAAGAAGAAACAAGUUAUUUCUUGUAAUGUCUGUCAGCUUCGCUUUAACUCUGAUAGCCAGGCCGAGGCCCACUACAAAGGAAGUAAACAUGCCAAGAAGGUCAAAGCACUAGAGGCAACGAAAAAUAAACCCAAAAUGGUUUCUUCCAAGGACAGCGCAAAGGCUAAUCCCAGCUGCUCCAUCACUCCAAUCACAGGCAACAACUCUGACAAAUCAGAAGAUAAAGGGAAGUUAAAAGCCAACAGUUCCAGUCAGCCGUCAAGCUCUGAAAGUGGCUCAUUUCUCCUCAAAUCUGGCACAACACCCCUGCCACCUGGAGUAGCCAUUUCUCCCUCCAAGAGCACAAAUGGAUCUCCCAGUACUGUUGCUGAAUCAGAAGAAGAAAAAGCCAAAAAAUUACUUUAUUGUUCACUAUGCAAAGUGGCUGUGAACUCCCUGUCACAGCUAGAGGCACACAACACAGGAUCUAAACACAAGACCAUGGUUGAAGCUCGUAAUGGGGCUGGUCCAAUUAAAUCCUAUCCUAGACCUGGAUCAAGAUUAAAGGUGCAGAAUGGCAGUAAGGGAUCAGGACUACAGAACAAGACAUUUCAUUGCGAAAUCUGUGAUGUUCAUGUUAAUUCAGAAAUUCAACUCAAACAGCACAUUUCUAGCCGAAGGCAUAAAGAUCGAGUUGCAGGGAAACCACUGAAGCCAAAAUACAGCCCUUACAACAAACUCCAACGGAGCCCAAGUAUUCUAGCAGCAAAACUUGCAUUCCAGAAAGAUAUGAUGAAGCCUUUGGCCCCAGCCUUCCUGUCCUCACCUCUUGCGGCGGCGGCGGCCGUGUCCUCUGCGCUGUCACUCCCACCUCGGCCUUCUGCCUCGCUCUUCCAGGCUCCAGCCAUUCCUCCAGCUCUUCUGAGGCCGGGGCACGGGCCCAUCCGUGCCACUCCUGCCUCCAUCCUCUUUGCUCCGUACUAAUGUCUGCAAAACCCAAGACGUUUGAGGCCAGUAGGAAGUUGAGAAGAAAAGCCACAAGGAUUCAGCAAUUUAAGCAGUUUGUAUUGCAGUACCCCCAUUCACCCACAAAAUGCAGCCUACCCACCCCAAGCCCCAAUUCCAAACAGAAACACAUCACUAGAUUCAAGAGCGCUUUUAGAGACCACUCCUAUAACUUAGGAAUCUGAGCAGCAUAGGCUUUAUCUCCCUAUUUCCUCCCUGACCCUACCCCGUUCAAUUUAUGUAUCUCAGACAUUUGGUUUCCUGCACAUGUAUUGGUCAGAAAGAAAAAGAAAGAAAAUCAUUCUCUAUUUUUUCCAUGGGUAUGAUCUGGCUUAAAACAAUAUGGAAUAUGUUCCUGACAGACUUGAAAACUAGGAUCUUCCUCAGAUGUCUGUAAAUAACUCUGGUAUCCAACUGGGUGUAUUCUAGUGUGGAACAAAAAUCAGUGAACACAAGUGCUUACUUGUGGAUACCACCUUAACAACAGAUCACAAAGUUCUCUUUUUGGUGUACUGUUGACACAGAUUGUGUACUGUUUCGACCCAAGUACUGUUGUAUCCUGUGUAGUACUAGAUUUGUAUCUCUUGUCUAAAUUAAACAUUUUUAGUUGCUGUGUAAAUGUUAGGAAGCAACGUAGCUUUGAAUUUUCUCUUUAAGAGAACAAAAGAUAAUGUAUUUUCUUUGUUUCACAUUUUAUUUGGAGAUAUUUAAAUGAAAUAGAAAGCCAUAUAACAUAGCUAUAAUUACUACCUGUUUGCUAUUUUUGUUUAACUUAUUUUGUAGCUUCCUCACUGGUUUGUGUUGCUAAGCAAAUGUAUACAAACAUAAAAAGAGCUUCCCAAAUUGCACAUUUUUGCAUCUCUUGUGCAUUCUGCAAGAAGACAAUGAAUCCAUGUAUUUCUAUAUAAUUAUCUUCUUCAUUUUUAACCUGUUUUCAUUUGUAAUGAUGCUACAUAAUUUUGUGGCUCUUUAAUGCAAUAAUGUACAGAAGAUUAAAAAAAUUUAUAAUUGAACAAUUUGUUUCUCUGUUCACUGAGUAUGUUGCAGGUCAUGCUCCCCUGCUCCCCUUUCUAAGCUGAUAUCAGCAAGACUGGAAUGUUUGUGGUAUCAGGGGUGAGUUAUCAUAAAACAACAAAAUAGAGUAAACUCUUUUAGAGCAUCUGUAUCUGCAACCUGUAAAUGGUAAAAUGUCUGUGUAUUUUUUUAAAUGUAACUUUUCAAUAAAAGUACAAAA